AUGCAGCGUUGCAGCUUUUGUCCCACCGUACUAGUGCUGCUGGCACUUUGGCUUACCACCCGGCCCGAGCAGGUGGCUAGUAAUGGAGACUUUAGCUAUUUCUACGGCACGAUCGCACCGACGGAUACACUAUGCGCGAAGAAAGUCGUCGGCAUCGGUACCAAGACGCCCGUACAGGUGGAUUACAGCAGCAAGCGCCCGAUAACAGCUGUCAGUCUCGAUGCAUCGAACGUGGCUUACCAGGGCUUCAAUGCACUCAUCACCCGCGGUGCCAUCGGCCAACAGGGCAUCACGUUCAGCCUGAACGGGCCCUGGUUGUUGCCGUACUACAUCGAGCUGGAUUACUACUGCCGGGCGUCGGACCAACCCUGA